AGACUGGUCUUAAAAGAAAACAGUUUCAGAAAACUGUCAGACGUGAACUCAAAAAAAGAAGGACAUAUAAUCAAGUAGAAAAGAAAAAAGGAGCCCAGCUGAACUACAUUCAUACAGUUUUUUCGUGGUUAACAAGUUCUGCUUUUCUAAACACUACUGUAAGGCUCACUCAGCAAUCUCUUGCAGAUUAAAGGAAGAUGUCUUAUGCCAAUGGAGAUGCUACAAACUCUAGAAGAAUUGGCAGGCAGCAGAGUUCAGCAUCUGCAUCCUUGGCGAUGCGACAGAACAGUGUCACACCCUCACGAAAGAAGAAGGACGCCUGGUGGAGGAGUAGAUGGUGCUGCCCCUGUCUGAGGGCCAGGAGUUCAGAGGAGGAGGUGUUAGACAAACUGACAGAUGGCAAGAAGGAUGAAGAGGGUGACAAGGAAGAAGUGGAGUUAAAUGAUAUGAUGCUUAUUGUGAAGAAAAUUGACCUUAUGAAGAAAAAGAAAGAAGAAAACAAGAUCACUCAUCACACAAAUGAGUAUGAUUAUGAUGAACUGAUAGUCCGCAGAGGACAGCCAUUUGACAUGAAACUUCAGUUUAACAGACCAUACAACCCUGAGACAGAUCAAAUUUUCUUAGAGCUACAGACAGGUAAGCACUACCCGCAGGUAACAAAGGGUACCCUUAUCAUUGUACCACUUGUAGAGGAGCACAAUCGUAUGGAAUGGGGUGCCAAAGUCACGCAGGCAUCAGGCAAUCAUGUAACACUCUCUGUCAACUCUUCACCUGAAGCUGUUAUUGGCAAAUUUCAACUGUCAGUGAGAACACGGGGACCUGGUGGGGAACUGAAGACACCAUCUGCCCCAGAAAAUAGCAUCUACAUCCUCUUCAAUCCCUGGUGUGAAAAGGACAGUGUCUUCCUGGAUAAUGAGGAAUGGCGCAAGGAAUAUGUUUUGAAUGAGACUGGGAUGAUUUACUAUGGGACAGAGUUUCAGAUUGGAGCCAGGACAUGGAACUUUGCUCAAUUUUCGAAAGGAGUUCUGGAUGCUUGCCUCUAUGUCUUAGAAAAGGGUGGAAUGCCUGCAUCUGGCAGCAAAGAUUCUGUGAGCACUGCUCGUGUGAUUUCUGCUAUGGUUAACUCACCCGAUGAUGAUGGUGUUUUGGAAGGAAACUGGUCAGGUGAUUACAGUGAUGGAACCAGUCCAACCUCCUGGGUGGGCAGUGAGGACAUUCUCCUUCAGUACCAUAAAACUCGCAAGCCUGUGUGUUAUGGGCAAUGUUGGGUGUUUUCUGGUGUUACUACAACAGUCUUACGUUGCCUUGGUAUCCCAAGCCGCAGUGUCACUAACUUCUCUUCAGCCCAUGACACAGAUGUAAGCCUCACCAUGGACAUCUUCUUCGAUGAGAAUAUGAAGUCACUAGAAGACAUGAACUAUGAUUCUGUCUGGAAUUUUCACGUGUGGAAUGAUUGCUGGAUGGCAAGACCAGACUUACCUCCAGGAUAUGGUGGCUGGCAAGCAGUGGAUGCCACUCCCCAAGAAACAAGCAGUGGAACUUACUGCUGUGGUCCUGCAUCCAUUCUGGCAAUAAGAAAUGGUCUUGUCUUUCUCAAACACGACACCCCAUUUAUUUUUGCUGAGGUAAACAGUGACAAAAUAUACUGGCAAAGACAGGCUGAUGGAACUUUUAAGAAACUCUUCAUUGAGAAAAAGGCAAUAGGACACAAAAUCAGCACUAAAGCAGUUGCUUCUAAUGAAAGAGAGGACAUCACCAGCCUUUACAAACAUCCAGAAGGGUCUGAAGAGGAAAGGAUUGCAGUUGAGACUGCUUCCAAGUAUGGAAAUAAACCCUCCAUCUACAUUGACUCAGACAUGCCAAGCGAUGUGGGGAUUGAAGUACAGACAGAUGAAAAGACCACGAUGGGCAGUGAUGUGGUACUGUGUGUGGGUCUGACUAACAAGAGUAACGAACAACGUUUUGUCACUCUGUUUAUUAAUACUGCAAUGAUGUACUAUACGGGGGUGCUGAAGGAGAGCUUUCGAAAAGAAGAAAAGGCAGUUCAGCUCAGUCCAUAUGAAGAGGCUCGUGUUGAGAUGGUCAUCAAGUAUGCUGAGUACCAUGAAGAGCUCAUAGACCAGGCAGCCAUGAUGUUUACCAUUUCCGGACGUGUCCAGGAAACAGGACAACUUCUUGCAACACAGCAGACAUUCCGACUGCGCACUCCUGACCUCGAAAUUAUUCCUAUUGGGGGAGCAGUUGUAGGCCAAGAGAUGAGAGCUAAGAUCAGUUUUGUAAAUCCUCUGCCAAAAACCCUCACAGGAGUGUACUUCCGUGUUGAAGGUCCUGGACUUCAUAAGCCAAACAUUGUCCAAGUUGGUGAUGUCGCACGUGGUGCCACAGUCACGAUUACACAAACCUUUGUUCCCGUUAAACCAGGACCUCGGAAGCUGAUUGCAAGUUUAGACAGCCGUCAGCUAACUCAAGUGCACGGUGUUGCUGAAGUGGAUGUCAAGGAGUGAACUCGGUGCUGUGGGUAUAAUGUGACUGCACUCAGUUACGGACAGUGCUGGGUGGUUCUUCCCUCUGUGAAUGCACCUCUGUCUGAGCAAACUUGUUUUAAUUGCUUAGAUUAAAAAAAUACUAGUGGAUAUCAUGGAAUGAGCAAAGACAUAUAUGAACAGCAUUUUGUUGGAAUAUAACUCUUACGUGCUUUUUCUUUAUUUUCACACAUCACUGUUUUUAAUUAUAAGUCGUAGCCGUAUUCCCAGUGAAAUGUGCAACACAGCUGGAAGGCUACCAUCAUUCUGGACUACAUUCUGCAGAGAAGAACUGUUACUUAUUUCCAGCAAAACUAAGAAAAAUAGCUGGGAUCACUAUAGAUGACAUUGAAAAGCCAUUACAGACUGAAUUUUCUUUAUAUGUCCAAGUUCUGAUCAUUCUGUUACAAGAAGAUAGUCUCAAGAAUAUGUUACAAUCCAAAUAUAAACAGCCCAGUUGGAGAGAGACAGUCAGCUGCUAAAGAUGUGAACUAACAUUUAGAGCUAAAUUUAGCAGUGAAGCAAACAAAAUACUCCUUUUCAUCAGUUUAUAUAACUGCAUUAUACAGAAGCUAGAAAAAGCUUUCUGUCAGUCACAUUUCUCCAACUAGCUUGGUUUGAGCUGACUGAAAUAAUUCUUUGUAAACAAGCUCUAAUUGACUAGUGUUCCACAGUAAUUUUCUGUUGCAAUGACUGUAAUUGUCAGACAAAAACAAAUGAAACUGCCAUGGUGGUUCUAGUUUUACAUGAUUAAUUAAGAAUAGAGGAAUACAUUGUAAAUGCAAGUGACAGAUCACAGAAAUGUUACAAAAUUGUUUUUUGAACCUUUGUAUGUUAUACUUUGUAAUUAAGUAACAACAGUCCUACAAAAAACUACUGAAACAUUGCAAAAAUGACCUGCAUAGUGUGCCUUAACUAUAUCAGAUGCUGUAAGCAUCCCUUAAGUACCAGUCUUACAGGUGGCAAGGGACUGGAUAACUACCUGUCUGCAGAACCCUCAUUCCUACUUCAUUUCUACACCUGCGGGAUACCUUCAGGGCAGGGGAUUCUGUGAUCCAUCUCAUAUGACUUUUCCAGCUGGUCUGCUCUGUCUUGUACUUUAAACUGCUAUUGACAUUAACACAAAACCAAAGAAAGCCUUUUGGAAACAGACCCAUAUGGCAGGAUGAGAACCUCAGCUGUGGUUUUGUGUCUUUUUUUCUGCAUGAAAGGUGUCAUAUGUCAGAAGCAGAAAAGCAAAACCAGAAAACUUCAGGUCAUAACUAGGGAAUGAACCCAAUGAAUUAGAACUGAAAGCUAUUUUGAACAUUGUCAGGACAAAAUAGCAGUCUCUAGAGGUGUAUGAAUGAUUUAGCCACAUUUACAAAUCUGAAAUUAACAUCUGGACAGUUUAAUAUACCAAAACAUUAAAAUCUAACCAGAAGUGUGCUGCACACAAAAUGACAUGCGUUUAGUAGGACCUAGCAUGUCUUAUUUGACUGUAAACCAUAAAGGACAGUCAAACUAUCCCAGAAUAGCAUUAUUCCACUGUUCUGUAGACCCAUGACUUAUUUGUUAACAUACCAAAUAGUACAGUAAACAAAAAAGCCAUCAGAUUUUUUUUUUAUUUUCUUGUGACAGAUUUAAAACCUCAUACCCUCCCCCACUUUUAUCCAGAUGCUUCAUCCUAAUUAUUUUACACUGACAGAAUUUGUGACUUCAGUAGUUGUAGUUGUAGAGGGGCAGGAUGUGCAACUACCAACCUUUUCCCUUGUGAGCUGGAGAACUAUAUUCAUUGUGUGCUCCUCUGAACUUUCUGUUUACCAUUCCCAGGACUUUACCAAUGCCUGUACUGCCCCUGAUAUGCUGAGAGUGCCCAGAACCCCUUAUGUUGGCAGCUCACCUUCUGGCCUCCCCCUAAAGCCACUGUCAUAGUGCAGUCCUAUCACACCCUUCCCCUAAACUGGGUAAAAUAAUACUGGCCGCUCCCACCCAUCUCCCUGACCAAAGACUUUGGCAUUUUGGCUGCAUAGCUAAACCUGGGAUGCUGGCAGGACUGUCAGGGCUAGAACCUCCAUGCCACUAAAGCUAGCUACCACAUGACAAAUUUUGACCAAAAAGGUCAAAUGAGUUUUUAUGGCCAGCUGCUAAGUUUUGUAUCAGCAUUAAAGAACAUUUGAGGUACAGGUACCCUUACUAAAGGAAAGAAAGGACCCAGAGUCCCUUGUUUGCCUCGUGCUCCAUGGCUAUGAAAGACCGGAGAAAUUCAUUACAGCUGUGCCACUGUUGGCCAUGUUAGAUAAGACUUAACAGGUACAUCCAAGUCAGAAUAUUAUGUCAGUUCAUUUUUUUAAAUAUGAUUGGAAAGUUAUAACAUUCAAUUUCUUUUAUACUAUUAGUAACAAGAAUGGAACAGAAAUGUAAUAAGAAUAAGUAUUUUUAAAUUGCUUCAUAGUUUGGAUUGGACUCUGUUUUGCUGAUGCUUUUCUGCUGAUCUGAAUGAAGCAUCUCUGUAUUUUUGUCUUCUUUCUUAACCCACUUGUAUUCCACCAUCUAUAUAACCUUCCUGUUCAGCACACACACACAACUACAGUGGCUGCAUUCAGGCUCAUCCUGCAGUGAAGUCACAUGACCAGCAGAGGGUUUUACUGGUUCCUGCCAAGCAAGGACUGAGGGAAGAGACUGCAAUAAGUGACAUGCUUUGUACUACCUUGUAAUGACUGAUGUUCCAGAAUAAUCCAUGUUACGCUACACUGUGUAUCACUGAGACUAACCCAAAGUGCAUUGAACAGACUGUUCAUUUUCAGACAAAGCAGUUUUAUCUCCAUCACAUGUUUCUGCCUUCUUACUUUUAAACCACACAGUAUUAUUUCUGAAGGAAUGAAGCAGUGAAGCUUAUUUUGCUUUUUAUUCAACUGUAUAUUUUACAUUUGUAUAUUUUAAUUUAAUUAUAAUCAUGCAGAUAAAGUAUAUUUUAUUUAAGAUGUAUAUUUUAUCAAAAGUAAUUUAAGAUGUUAAACAAGUGUCUCUCUGUAAGUUGCAUUACACUUUGAAUAUGUUACACAAGAGUUGUUUUUUAAUGGAUUGAAAGGUUUAAAGAAUAUUAUUUGUAAAGUGAAAUGCCAAUGUGAAUAUAAAAUAAAGUACUGUUUUUUUGGAA